GUCUGAAUUCUGCUCUCUCUCUCUCUCUCUCUCUCUCUCUCUCUCUGUGAAGGUCUUUGUCUCGUGUUUAUAGUUUUUGAGUUUGGUUUGCGGAGGAAGAAGCCAUGGGAUGGUUUCCCUGUUCCGGAAAAUCAAGCAAAAAAGCGAAGAAGAGGCAGCAGAACAACAAGCUUCACGAUCAGAUCCCAUCCGCUUCAGAAAAAUUAAAACUGAAUCCUUCACUGGAUGUAAAGAAAGAGGCGUCUAAGGAUGGAGGAUCUGAUCACAUAGCUGCGCAUACGUUUACAUUUCGUGAAUUGGCAGCUGCAACAAAGAAUUUCCGGGCUGAUUGUCUUUUAGGUGAAGGAGGUUUUGGCAGAGUUUAUAAGGGACGAUUGGAGAGCACCAAUAAGAUUGUUGCUAUCAAGCAGCUUGAUCGGAAUGGGCUACAAGGGAACCGAGAAUUCCUUGUUGAAGUAUUGAUGUUGAGCCUACUUCACCACCCAAACCUUGUUAACUUAAUUGGUUAUUGUGCCGAUGGAGAUCAGAGACUUUUGGUUUAUGAAUACAUGCCGCUAGGAUCUUUGGAAGACCAUCUACAUGACCUGCCGCCUGAUAAAAAACGACUUGACUGGAAUACAAGAAUGAAAAUAGCUGCGGGUGCUGCGAAAGGCUUGGAGUAUUUGCAUGACAAAGCAAGCCCCCCUGUUAUAUAUCGCGACUUGAAGUGUUCAAACAUUUUACUUGGUGAAGGAUAUCAUCCCAAGCUUUCUGAUUUUGGCUUGGCCAAAUUGGGUCCGGUUGGGGAUAAAACCCAUGUGUCCACUAGAGUGAUGGGAACUUAUGGAUAUUGUGCACCAGAAUAUGCAAUGACUGGUCAGCUUACAUUGAAAUCAGAUGUCUAUAGUUUUGGGGUUGUUCUUCUGGAAAUCAUUACUGGCAGAAAAGCAAUUGACAAUUCAAAAGCAGCUGGGGAGCACAAUCUGGUUGCAUGGGCACGACCCUUGUUCAAAGAUCGAAGGAAAUUCAAUCAGAUAGCUGAUCCAAUGCUCCAAGGGCAAUACCCGAUGAGGGGAUUGUACCAAGCUCUUGCUGUUGCCGCCAUGUGUGUUCAGGAGCAGCCUACAAUGCGACCUCUCAUAGCAGAUGUAGUCACUGCUCUGACUUAUCUUGCCUCUCAAAAAUAUGAUCCCGAAACCCAGCCAGUUCAAAACUUCCGCUCGUGCUCUUCCACGCCUAGAACAAGAAGGGAACAGUAAUAAUUUCUUAUUGGUCUGAGAGAGAAUAAGCCCAGAGGCUAUUUUGAAAUCAUUUUAUCAUUGCAAGCAAUUACACGAGAUUUUUCAAGACAUGAUAUGAUUGCUGUCACCCCCCUGCUGUUGCACUGCUGUGGAAUGGUUUAUCUACUCAGGAUGGGCUUGUCUUUGUACUUUGAUGGUCAUAGAGAUUGGAGCUAAGUCAUUCGCCAUUGUUGGGGCUGCACCUAGUCACCUACAGUCUUAUCUGUUGAUCGAAUUUUGCGUCUCUCCAGAUAACAGGUUCAAUUACAAACCUCUUGUGUUUGUUGUGAAAGGAGAUCUUUUUCUUUCUUGAAUCCCACCCCUCUCCCCUCACUUUUCUUAUUGUACAAUUUAGCUUGAGUUCCUUUCCUUGUAUUUAAAUGCUUUUUCUAUAGGAACUGGUCUUUUCUUGAAUAGUAAAACCAUUUGAUUAUUGGUUAUUA